UUUACAAAAAUAGUCAUCUUCUCUUUUCAAACUCACAGAUUCUCUGAAUCUCUCUUCUCCUCCAUUAGAACUUGUCUGAUUCUCUCCAUUUUCCUCUCCUGACUUUCCGUGAAACUAUUUGCUUAUCUUCAUCGAUUAGAUCUAGGGUUUAUUGCUUCUGGAUUCUCAUAAAUCUUCCUAGUUUCUCCAUUGGUGCAGUUCAGCUUCUCCUGCUUCGAAUUCUCUCACAUUUUCGUAAAUGAGGUUUCUUUUUUACCCGGAUCAUUGUAGAUCGCGUGAUUGAAGAAGAGAGCAAAUAUGAGCGAGAGCCACAAGUUCCAGCUUGGAACAAUCGGCGCUUUGAGUUUAUCCGUUGUAUCCUCUGUUUCGAUCGUGAUCUGUAACAAGGCCCUUAUUAGCACUCUUGGUUUCACAUUUGCAACCACUUUGACAAGCUGGCAUCUUUUGGUCACAUUUUGUUCACUUCAUGUGGCAUUAUGGAUGAAGUUUUUUGAGCACCAGCCUUUUGAUCCACGAGCUGUCUUGGGAUUUGGUGUAUUAAAUGGUAUAUCCAUUGGAUUACUGAAUCUCAGCUUGGGUUUUAAUUCUGUUGGUUUUUACCAGAUGACAAAACUAGCAAUCAUCCCCUGUACUGUUGUCUUAGAGACCAUCUUCUUCAGAAAGAAGUUCAGUCGAAAAAUCCAGUUUUCAUUAGUCAUCCUUCUCCUUGGUGUUGGAAUUGCAACCGUAACAGAUCUUCAGCUUAAUAUGCUGGGUUCUGUCUUGUCGCUGCUGGCUGUUAUCACAACUUGUGUUGCCCAAAUUAUGACCAAUACGAUCCAGAAGAAAUACAAGGUUUCAUCUACCCAACUUCUGUACCAGUCUUGCCCAUAUCAAGCAAUCACUCUUUUUGUUACAGGCCCAUUUUUAGAUGGUCUGUUAACCAACCAGAACGUGUUUGCUUUCAAGUACACGUCUCAAGUUGUGUUCUUCAUCGUUCUGUCCUGCCUGAUAUCUGUUUCAGUAAACUUCAGCACGUUUCUCGUCAUUGGAAAGACAUCUCCAGUCACUUAUCAGGUUCUAGGACAUCUAAAAACAUGCCUAGUGUUAGCAUUUGGGUAUCUUUUGCUGAAAGACGCAUUCAGCUGGCGCAACAUUCUUGGUAUUCUUGUCGCCGUGAUUGGAAUGGUGCUUUAUUCCUACUACUGCACACUCGAAACCCAACAAAAGGCCGCUGAAACAUCAACCCAAUUGCCUCAGAUGGAUGAAAACGAGAAGGAUCCGCUAAUUAGUGUGGAAAACGGGAGCGGAUUGAUAUCAGACAAUGUAGUUCCAAAGGCGGAUCCUGUAUGGAACUCAAACAAAGAUUUUCAAGCGUAGAGCUGGAGCUCGAUCUCCGAAAUCUGUUUUAGUAUCAGAUUUCACAGGUAUCCCACUUGUCAAGUUUUAUCUCUGUUAGGGAGAAUCUACAGCUUCCCUUUCAAAGGAAGGGGGAAGAGGAGGAACAGCUUUUUGUUGAUCCAUUUCAUAUACAUAUUACCAAUUUUGGCUUUUAUAGAUUUGUAUUCAAAAGGCCUUUUCGUGGCUACGAUUAAGGAAAAUAAAGUGAAUUUUAGUACUUA